UUCCUCCUUCCAGUUUCAUACAGACGCCAUUUUCAAUCAAUCCAGGAUUAAGACCAGAGAAAUUUCUUUUUUCUUUUCUUUUCAUUUUUCUUCAUAAUCUUCAAGAAAUUUUCACAACCGAACUUUCUUCCUUGUUUCUUUUUCUUUUUCAUAAUCAUCAUCAAUUAAUUUCCUCCCCAAAUUCAUCGAAUUGAUUCUCUUCGUUAAUCACGAUGAGUAACACAAUGAGGCCUAGGGUUAAGAUCUUGUUCUAUCUGGUCUAUGAUCGAGGCUAAUUUCCUUCAAAUUCCACAAUAUCAAAUCCAAAUUUCCGUUCAAUUCAUCUCGCUAGGUUACGAUUCGGAGGAUUUUUAUUUCUAAUUCGUUUACGUUUGAUCCAUGGAUUUCAGUACAGAGAAAGUGAAAAACAAGGGAUUGAUCUUGAAAACCUGGGAGCGGUGCAAGUCGAUGGGCCGAAGGGGAAGAAAUUCACCGUCCUCCGCCGGAAUAAAACGAUUAUUAACGAGGAAGACGAAAUCCUUGCCUCAUCUUAAGGUCUUCUCCGGCGGAGAAGACGACGACGAGAAGGAACGACGGCGGAGCUUUGGCGGAAAGGGGAGAGUAGCGCCGGAAGGGUGUUUCACGGUGUACGUCGGAGCGGAGAGGCAGAGAUUUGUGAUAAGAACAGAGUGUGCGAACCAUCCUCUGUUUCGGUCGCUUUUGGAGGAGGCGGAGGAGGAGUACGGAUACAACUGCCAAGCGCCGCUUUCCCUACCGUGCGAUGUAGAGAGUUUUUACAACGUGUUGAUGGAGAUGGACGACGACGGCGGCGCUGAUCUCCGCCGUGGAUGUGGAUAUCCUACUCCGAAGAGAUUUGGAUCUUAUCAUCUUCUCAGUCCUCGUUCUUCAUCUCUCGUUGUAAAGUAAAUCAAUUCCAUUUCUUUUUGGAAUUUAAAAGUGGCUUUUAUAUGUAUUUGGUGGGUUUAGAUUCUAGGAUAUGUGUUGUUGUUGUUGCAGCAAAAGGAAGUUGUUGUAAGUGUGGUGUUUUUUGUUGUAAGGGUUUGUCUUUAAAAAAAAAUCCAACCGUACCAAAUCAAAUCGAUUUAUUCCCACUUUAGUUGAAA